AUGUGUCGGAGGGGCGGGUAUCGCCGAAGCAUUCGUCGCAACCCCCCAACGGGUAUUGGCCCGCCAGAUGAAUCACAGUCUGUUUGGGGAAAUGGUUUCAUAUUUAUACGAGGUCGCUGCGACUCGAGGCACAGUGACAAGUUUGUAGAAUACAAGAUUGGAAGAGUGCCAUAUUGGACUCAAAUAUUCCAGCCGACCACCAACAGUGUGGCAGGCAAAGCGGCGGCGCACAACAGAUGCCAGCAGAAUUCCUAUAGAACUCGUCCUGCGUACCAUGGUCACGGUGCUUUUUGGUGGAUUCCACUAUUCCAGCCCUCACCAAACACCAUAUGUAACCCCAGCAAAUCAGCGGCGUACGUCAGUGGCAAGACAAAUUCUGUUUCAACUCCUACUCCGAACGUGGACCACGGUGCUUUAUGGUGGACUGGACUCUUCAAGCAACAGGGGACCACGAUGCGUAACCCUAGUGAAGCUACAGUGCACGUCGGCAACCAUGAAAAUUCCGUUACAACUUCUGUUCCAAGCCAUAGUGACGGACUGUGGAAUAUUGGUGGCCAUAUCGAAGGUGGUAUUGGUAAUGGAGGAGCUGGUGGCACUAAUGGAAGUGCUGGUGGAAAUGGUGGAACGUUUAAUUUCAACGGUAAGGCGUUUGAAAUUCUUUAUGCGUGA